UGUAGAAAUAACAACGUGAGUGAGGCUACCACUUUCAACAGAUCUGCUACCAUGACAAGGGAUCACUAAGCAGUAUCCAGGAACCUAGGAGCGAGGCAAGAUGGCGGAACUGACGCUCACGCGCGUUGAGUACGCUCAGGUCGGCGUCACGUCACCGCAGUGCAUGUGCGUCCUGCCGAACGUCGAGAAAACGAAGGAGUCGCGCGCGGGCAAGAUGGCCACCCAGCGCGUCGCCGUCGGCGACCACGACGGCGUUCUCACCUGCUUCCAGAUGAAGCGCAGCGAAGCGGUGCCCAUCUACAAGACGUUGCCCGGCGCCGCGAUCAGCCGCGUCACGCUCGCCGGCACGCCCGGCGCGCACGCCGACCACGUGUUCGUUGCCGCGGGCAACGCUGUGCGCGGCUACGCGCGCAAGGGCAAGCAGUUUCUCGGUUUCGAGAGCAACAUGACGGAGCCGAUCACGUGCAUGCACGUGCGCGGCGCCGACCUCCUCCUCUGCGGCAACUUCAUCUACAACCACUACCACGACCUCAUCGACACAAACUACUUCCUCGCAGGCGACCGCAUCAACGACGUUGUCUGCGUCGGCGGCGACGGUGGCGCCCCCACGCCCGUACUCGCGUGCAACGACAAGCUGAUGCGCGUUCUGCGCGACUCGCAGCUGCUCUACGAAGUGGAGACGCCGGCGCCCCCUACCGCGCUCGCGCUGCAUCGCGGCACGGGCGGCGCCACCGGCGACGAGAUCACGUACGGCACCGACGACGGCCACGUUGCGCUGCUGCGCGUCGGCAUGACGACGCCCGCGCACGGCUGGGUGGUCGGCGGCGGCGGCGGCGGCAGCGUGACGGCGCUCGACUACUACGACGUGACGGGCGACGGUACGCUCGACCUGAUCGUCGGCCGAGACGACGGCGUCCUCGAGGUGUACGGUUUCCAUGACGACGACGCGGAGGAGGAUGCGGAGCCGACGCUGCGUUUCUCGCAUGCCUGCAACGAGGGCAUCACGGCCGUGCGCGGCGGCGUCGUCGGCGCCGCGGGCCACGCCGAGGUCGCCAUGACGACGUACGCGGGCGCCGUCGUCGGCAUGACGACGGAGCGGCUGCGACAGGAGUCGUCGGCGGCGGCGGGGUCGACAGUGAGUCCGCGCGCGCUGGAACGCGUCUCGAGGCUGCGUGGAGAGAUCGACGAGCUGACAUCGAACGUCCAGCAAGAGCGAGAGCGCUACCAGGCGGCGACGCGGCGCGACGACGGCGUCUCGGCGAUACCGCAGCUGCAGACGCGCGUGCGAUUCGUGCUGAGCAGCGACGACGCGUCCUACGCGCUCUCCAUCGAGUGUCAGACGGCGAUCGACAAUGUGCUCCUGCAGAGCGAUGUGCCGGUGGAUCUGCUCGAUGUGGACCGCAACUCGGCCGUCGUGUCGCACGCGGCGGCCGACCCCGGCAACAGCAACUUCCUGCUGGCGACGUACCGCUGCCAGGCGAACACGACCCGCCUCGAGCUGAAGGUGCGAUCGAUCGAGGGCCAGUACGGCACGCUGCGAGCCUACGUGACGCCGCGGCUGCAGCCAAAGACGUGCAUCGUGAAGACGUUCGCCGUGAAGCCGCUCUCGCUGCACCGCAGCGCGCACGCGUACGACGACGCGCGCCCCACCAACACGCUCCGUCUCGACGGACAGUUCAGCUACGCCGAGAUGCACGCGUGGAUCGCAGCGUGUCUACCCGACGUCGCCGAGCGUCCCGGCGCGGGCGAGGCCGCCUGCCUCCACUUUGUCUCGACGUUUCUCGACACUCAGCUCGAGUGCAUGUACAGGAAGGGCGAGGCGGUGUUCCGCUCAGACAACGUUUCGACGAUCUCCAUCCUGAAGGAUUUCAUCACGAAGGAGGCAACGGCGCGGAAGAUACACCUCGAGAUCAACUACGAGGUGAGCGACGACUCGGUCUCGCACGUUCUCGCCACGAUCCACCCGAAGCUCGAGCACCAGCUGGCGCUCGCGAAGAAAGUGCGUCUCGUCGAGGCGCUGCGCGAACUCGCAGCGCACGACGCGGACGCGGACGCGUACCUCGCCGCGGAGUACCGCGCGAUCCUGCGCGACGACGACGCUCUGCGCCGGGAGUUCCGCGAGCAGCCGUGUCAGCUGGAGCGUCUCUACGGCAUGGUCACCGACCUGUUCAUCGACCGGCACAAGUUUCGCGGCGCCGACGUGAAGGCGCGCGUGCCGCAGCUGCUGGAGCUGCUAGACAACUACGAGCUGCAGCCGCUCAUCGCAUUCUUCAAGUCGGCGUGAUGAUGCGUCGUCGCCGUGGCAACGGGAGGUGCUGUUCGGGGGGGGGGGUCGUUAGGUGUGGGUGAUGCUUGCGCGGGUCCGUGUUUGUAACAGAUGUGGUUGCUGGUGUGGCGGUCGGUCGUUACAUGUGUCGAAUGCCUAUGCUGGUUCGUAUUAGCCGAUGGAUUAGUACAUUAUGGUUGUUGGUGUGCGUGCGUGUGUGCGUGCGUGGGUGCGUGUAAUUCAGGUGUUGCAUUGCAGUAGCAUAGUACUGUCGUUAGCAUAUAUUCUAGCACUGGCCAGAACUGCUGACGCGGUAGUUUAACAGCACCGGCAUGCGCUCUCGCACCUCACCCCUCACCGAGCUCGUUCUGUUAAAGCUGGGACCACUAUAUAGGUGAGAAUUCACCUGACCACCUGGUGUGAUUAACAGGUAGUUUUAACCAAUCACUGUCGCCAUAGGAGCAUCCAAAAAACAGCUUGGUAACGAAAUGCCAAAAAGUCGUUAUUUGUGGUGAAACACGUUUGAACUAGUCUAGCUUGGCCAGUAAGGGCAAUGAUAUUCUAGUAGGAUGACACAGUUAUCUCGUUCGGACAGAGGUGACAGGUCACUUUUGAGAUAUGUGCAUCUCAUCAACUGUGUAUCACCGGUAUUCAGUGAUUCCCACACAUACCGGUAUUCAGUGGUCCCUACAGAUACCGGUAUUCAGUGAUUCCCACACAUACCGGUAUUCAGUGGUCCCUACACAUACCGGGGUAUUCAGUGAUUCCCACAUUUACGGUA